UUUAUAAGUUAAUAAGUCAUAAGUUGCUCCAAAAUAACCAUCAUCUACAACCCUUCACGAACAAUCAUUUGCAGCACUUCAACUCAUCUAACUCAGAGAUUGAUUCAGGAACCAAUUUCUCGAAUCAAGACAACACUUGACUCAGAAAUCACGAACAAAAACAUCGAAAUUUCAUGGGAUUCGAUUCUUACAUCUGUUCAUCAUCAUUCCCCUCCCAAAGCACAGCUCACAGGUACUUGAAUGGAGACUAGAGAAAUUGCUAACACAAAACGAGAAAAACGACAACAUGUACUCAGAUUUAAUACAUCUUUGCAGUAAGAUCCACAGCCCGCAAACUGCAAUGUGGAUUUUCACUUCAAUGGAGAGUCGCGGCAGAAAGCCGUCUUCUAAUAUUCUUAACGCCCUAAUAUCUGCUCACUUAUCUUCAAACAAUCUUGUAGCCGCACUUAGCAUAUACGAAACAAUGCAGAAUUUAGAGGACUAUAAACCCACUGCUCACACAUACAACUUGUUCAUUUCCGCAUUUGCAAAUCUUCGAAACAGUAAGGCAAUGUUAGCCUGGUACUCAACCAAGAUAGCUUCGGGUUUUUUGGCUGAUUUGGACACAUAUGAAGCUCUGAUCUUAGGUUGUAUAAAACUAAAAAGAUUUGAAGAUGCUGAGAGGUUUUAUGGAGAAAUGUUAGUAGCGGGUAUCAAACCGAACGAGUUGAUAUUACAUAAUUUGCUUGUUGGGUUUUGUGAACAAAAAGAGUCGGUUAAACUCAGAGCGUUUUUGAAGGAUACGUUGGAGAAUAAAUCGAUGAUUGACGGGUAUUUGGCUGAGAAGCUUGUCGGGUUUUAUUGUGAUCUGGAACUAGUGGACGAGAUGGAGUGGGUGCUUGUGGAAUUAACGGAGGCCGGUCAUAAUCAAGAUUUGGGUAUUGUUUCUCGGAUUUAUAACGGGUUGAUUAGGGUUUAUGCUAAGUUGGAUAGAUUGGAUGAUAUGGAAUACUCUAUUGGGAGGAUGUUGAAACAAGGGGUGUCGUUUCGGUCUGAUAAAGAUGUUGAAAACGUGAUAUGUUCGUAUUUUCACCAGGGUGCGUACGGUAGACUAGAUGUGUUUUUGGAGUUUAUGAAGGGUUCAUGUAUGCUUGCUAGAUCUAGUUAUGAGUUAUUGCUUGACGGUUAUCGUAGAGCGGGGUUAGGUGAAAAAGUCGAUUUGGUGAUCAAAGAUUUGGAAAUCCUUGAGAAAGACUAGAAGUAGCUAUUGCACGCGAUAGACAUAUAUUAUUAGGUCACGUCGGCUUAUGUCUAUAGCACUGUCUCGUCAGCUUUUAAAUAUCAAUAUCAAAUCCCUAAUGUCGUUUGUUUACAUAUUUC